GACGUAAGGACGCCGUGUUCGCAGGCGACGCUGCCGUGCGUGCUUGCGUCAGGCUCCGCGGCGCAGCGUCCCUUCUCUCCCUCUCUUCUCUCUCUGCCUCUGCUACUCCUCCGAAUGAAAGGGAAGCUCCCAGCUAAGCAGCAGCAGCAAGAAGAAGAAGAAGGCGCCUGAAGCGAGCAGCGUCGUCGUUGUCCUGUUCGUCCGCCUGAGAGGCGCUCCUUCCUCGGGAGCUGAAGGUGACAGGUCUGAGUUUCUUCUCAUCUUCUCUCAGCUUCAUCCUUGCUACGAUCUUGUGAGCAUUGGCAAGGAUUGAAGUGGCAUUCUUCAAACCGUCUUAAAAACCAUGUCAGCUUCAGUCGGACAGAAAAAGGGGCCUGGAAGACAGCGCAAAUGUGCCUUCUGCAGGUCCAACAGAGAUAAUGAGUGCGGACAGCUCUUGCUCUCUGAAAACCAGAAGGUGGCAGCACAUCAUAAAUGUAUGCUUUUCUCAUCUGCCUUGGUAUCAUCACAAUCCGAUAAUGAGAGUCUUGGAGGCUUUUCUAUUGAAGACAUUCAAAAGGAAAUAAAAAGAGGUACCAAGCUGAAAUGCUCGCUAUGUCACUGUCCCGGUGCAACCGUUGGUUGUGAUGUAAAAACCUGCCAUAAGACAUAUCACUUUUACUGUGCAUUGCAUGAUAAAGCUCAUAUCCGAGAGAAACCUUCCCAAGGCAUUUACAUGAUAUUAUGUCGAAAACACAAGAAAGCGCCACACAACUCUGAAGGUAAUCUAGAAGAAGGUCUAAAUGAACAUGAGUUGGAAGCUUCUCCUCCUAAAAAGAGGGGUCGUAAAGGAAGGCCCAGAAAAAUAACUCCGAAAGGACCAUCAGAAGAUGCCCGGUCAACAUCAUUGCAUGGCACAGACGAUAUAGAAAGCAGUUCUUAUAGAGACAGAUCACCUCACAGAAGCAGUCCCAAUGAUACAAAACCUAAAUGUGGAUUCUGUCAUGCAGGUGAAGAAGAAAAUGAAGCUAGAGGGAAGCUUCAUAUAUUCAAUGCCAAAAAAGCAGCUGCACAUUACAAGUGUAUGUUGUUCUCUUCUGGCACUGUACAACUGACAACAACGUCAAGGGCAGAAUUUGGUGACUUUGAUAUUAAAACUGUACUUCAAGAAAUUAAACGAGGAAAAAGAAUGAAGUGUACACUUUGUAGUCAGUCUGGUGCUACAAUCGGAUGUGAAAUUAAAGCAUGCAUCAAGACUUAUCAUUACCACUGUGGAGUACAAGACAAAGCAAAAUAUAUUGAGAAUAUGUCACGAGGAAUUUACAAGCUUUACUGUAAAAACCAUAGUGGGAAUGAUGAACGAGAUGAAGAGGAUGAAGAGCGCGAAAGCAAAAGUCGUGAGAAGUCAGUAGGCAAUCUUAGUGGAGUUCCUCAGCAGCAACUUAAUGGAAAUUAGGUAUGACUGUCCUCACCUUCCAGCCCUCCUUUUGAGACACCACCAUACAAUUGAUGUAGGUGUUAACUAGUGGUAAGACAUUUUAAGCCAAGCAUAAUGCCAAUAAGUGCGGGAGGGGGGUUGUUUUGUUUUAAACUGGAGUCUUGUUGCACAAGCGUUAGGGAUAUUUCUCAAAAUUCAGCUAACUUUAAGGAGGACCCUGCACUUCUGCCAAUAAACAUAGCUGUCAUGUUCAGUUUGGUAAUAUGCUUUCUUUGUCUUAUUCUCAACUAUUUUAAAAUCUAUCCUUUUUUCCCUCAUCAUCUUUCAUACAGGUUCAAGUGACAAAGUUAAACUGGGAAUGAAUAAGACAUCCAUAAUUACUAACCUUUGUGUUUGUUUGUUUUUUUU